AUAAAAUAUUUAGACUAUUUAGAUUGUUUAUUAAAAAAAGUAUGCCUAAUUACACAAAUAUAAAGCACAAUUCGAAGACUGUAAUAAAAAUGAUGUAAAGAUAGAAUCUAAUAUAAAAAUGACAGAAUCUUUUUAUAAUUCUCAAAAUUUUUGUUUAAAAUUGUCACAAGAUUCUAAUAUAUCUGAUGUUCAAAAUGUUAAUGAUGCAGAUGUAAUAAUAAUGAGUGACUCCAGUUCUAAAUCAACUUGUUCUAUACCUAAAUAUGUCUUAGGAUCAACAUCAAAUAAUCAUCCUACAAUAGAUAAUACUAUUUAUAUUGAAGAUUCUUCAGAUUCUGAUUCUAUAGAUAUUACAAAUGAAAAAUAUUUCCAAUCUUGGAGAGCAAAUAAAAAAUCCUAUUUUAUUAAUAAUUUUCAAGAAAGAAAAGAUAUUCUAAAAAAAAAUAAUAUAUUGCCUAUAUCUGAUGACUUUUCAUCUAGUAGUAGUGGACAAGAAUAUAUAACAACUUCUAAGAGGACAAAUAGUAGUUAUAUCAGUAGUUGUACCAGAGAAAAUAGAGUUAAUGAUAUAUCAGAAACAAAUAUUCAAUGCAAUACUAAUACUACUGAUAUUAAUAAUUUGAAAAAUUCUAAUGAUAUUAUUCAAUUACCUAAAACCACGUCUCAUAUUAAUAGUGAUUUAAAAAAAAAAAUUUCAAAAGAAGAUUCUAAAAAUAUUAUAAAAAAUAUAAAAUCUACACGGAUAAUAUAUGAAUCACCUAAAAUUCAAAAAGAAAAAAAUGUGAUAUCUAAUAAAGAAAUAGAUAACAAUAUUAUACAUCCAGCUAUUUCACCUAAAAAUAAUUUAAAAACAAAUAAUAUAUUUAUUGAUGAAACUCAAGAGGAUUCUGAAAGUGAUAUUAUUCAAGAUUCUCAAAUGAAUCUUACACAUUCUUAUAAAACUCGUGUUAAUAAAUUUUUAAAUGCACCAUAUAUAGAAAAAGAUACAACAUCUAUUAAACUAUCAGAAAGAAAAAGAAAACAAAUUUCACAAUGGCUUAUGACAAAUUUACCUGAUUCUCAAAGUGAUAGUUCACUUGAUAUUGUGCCUCUUACUAAUAAGCAUGAUAAAAGUUCUGGAAAUAGCAGUUUGGAAAGAUUAGAAAUGAAUUAUGAAACUCCAAACAAUAGAGGAAAAAUAAAUCAAUUACCUAUAAAUGAAAGUAAAAAUAUAGAUUCAAAAUGCAAUAAAACAUCUAAUCCCACAGUAUUACGUCAAACUAUAAUAAAUGAAUUUGUUCAAAAAGAAAAAAAUUAUGAAUUUCAUACAUCACACAAAACUCAUAUUAAUGAUAAUAAAUUUUCAAUUCCAAAAACAAAUACAUCCCAAAAUAUAGAUAUCAGGGACUGUGCAGAUAUAUUAGAUAAAUUAUAUGGUAAAUCUUGGCGCAAUAAGGCUGAUGUAUUGUUUCCAAAAUCUGAACCAAGAAUGAUUAAUACAAUUAAACAAGCAACUACUACAAAAAAUAGAGCUGUUCAAACUGAAAGAAAGAUAAUAAAUAGAGAAAGAUUGUAUAUAUCAGAUUCAGACAGUUCUAACACAUCUUUAAGAGAUUUAAAAUUACAAAAUCGAUCAAAAAAGAAAAGUGUACGAAAAAAUAUGAAACGAAAAGAUGAUACUUUUAUAAAUGAUCAAACAUCAUCAGGAAGUGAAAAUGAAAGUUUAUAUUAUACUGCAUUAACAAAUCCAAGAGUAUCAAGUACACAAAAUAGUACACAAUCGAAAACAGUAUUUCCAUCAAUUGUACAACGAGCUAUUGAAAUAUGUGAUACAGAUUCUGAAGAUAAUGAUAAUAUAGAUAACAGGAAUCAAAUAUUUAACAUAAGAGGAAGAAAGUUAUCAUUCAAUAAUGAAAGUGAAGAUUCAAGCACUAGUGAAUUUGAUCCUGGUGAUGAAAUACCACCAAAAUCUACAAUUAAGAAAGAUUUUAUUAAAACUAUACAAGAAAUACCUAAAUUAAAGACACAAAAUAAAUUAACUUCUGACAAUCCAAAUUAUAAAAAACAUAACAGCUUCUUAGCGUCUUUAAGUGAAAAUAUUUCUCUUACUAAUGUACAUCCAGAUGCUAAAAAAUAUAGAUUAGAUUAUAAAAAUAAUAAGGAAAAUUUAUGUAAAUACUUGUACAAACUAUAUAAUGAGAAAGUAUUUGAUAAUGAAUUACCAGAAGAUAUGUCAAUAGAAUGGAAUGUUCGUAUGAGAGGAACUGCUGGUUUUUGUUAUAAUAAGAAAUCAGUAAAAACACUUGGUGGUAUUGUAAAAUCAUCACGAAUAGUUCUAGCAACAAAGAUUUUAGAUACUCCAGAUAGACUUAGAGAUACUUUAAUUCAUGAAAUGUGCCAUGCAGCUGCAUGGUUAAUAAAUGGAAUCUCUGAUGGACAUGGUCCAUUUUGGACAAAAUGGGCUAAUAAAGCUAUGAAAAUAUUUCCUGAAUUACCACCAAUAAGAAGAUGUCAUGAUUACAAAAUUAAAACUAAAUUUACAUAUAAAUGUAUAAAUUGUGGAUACAGUAUUGGAAGACAUUCUAAAUCUCUGGAUAUUGAAAAGAAACGAUGUGGACAUUGCUAUGGAAAAUUUGAGUUAUUAUUAAAUAAAACAACAAAAUCUGGAACUGUACAAAUGCAAACACCAAAAAGAGAACCUUCAGCAUUUGCACUUUAUGUAAAAGAAAACUAUAAUUCUGUAAAAAAAGAACGUAAUAUAGGACAUGCUGCAGUAAUGAAACUUUUAGACGCAUGCGUUAAAUUCACGGUGUGGCGGCGGCAUCAACAGCGCACUCUAAAAACAGUCGAGCCGAAGAUGGCGACGUGCGAGUGGCGGUGUCGGUGCGGUGUUUAAGAGAGAGGACCAUGUUGUUACCGCAGUGUUCGCAGUAUUUCCAUAAUCCGCGUUGAGUUCGGUGCAAAUGUAGGAAUGUCAGAAGCUAAAAGGGUACCUUUGCAAACCUUGGAGUUUCCGGAGUCCUUGGGCUACGCCACAAAAAAGGAGAAAAAAGGGGAAAAGGGCAAACAGCUCGCGCCCUCCUUCCGCUUUACACUUACCCUGCCAGAGUCGAACGAGAAGGCAUGUCCUGAGUUCAACUAUGCACAACUCCUCAAAGCAGCCGAG